CUGGCUCGCCAGAGCCGGGGUGUCCCUAAGCCCAUCCGUUUCCGCGCCGCCUACCAGACCACCCCGUCUUUCUGUGCUGCUUGUUCUGCUCAGCCAAUUCGCUGCGCCCAAAUCUUCCUAACGAAUGCCUCCCUCCCAUCUCGUCGUCACUUCACUCUACUGCUGAAUCUCGAGUCCUCACUCACUUGCAGCUCGCCCUUCGCGUCCAACAAGUCGGCAAGUCCAGAAAAGACACCAGGCCCCAAUUUCUCUCACCCAUCCAUCACAUUGUCCGACGUGGGGCCUGAUCCCGGUCCCUCCUCGACAGGACAAGGCAAGCCAACACUGCACCUGGUGUUUUGCGGAUGCCGCGUGCUGAUGCUGGUCGGCCCUGAUCCUCGCUCGCCUGCGCUCUUUUCCUCUCCCUCUCCUCUCCUCUCUCUUCCUUCUUCCGAUUGCUCUACUCGCUUCUCCUCCUGGACCCAAAGCGCCAACGGGGAAUCAUCGUGCCUACACAAGCGGUGCGCGCCGGACGGGUAG